AUGACCAGACUCGAAGCUAAGAGACCAGCAGAAGAUCACCAUUCUGGAAGAUCGGAAAAGGCCCGGUCUUUGAAUAAGGGGGCAGUUGCUUCUGCAUCAUUCAACCCUAAAAUCUGGGAUAAGAAAUUUCAAAAGGAUUUAAAGCAACAGAUUCACGAUGCAAAGCCAUACAACUGGGGGACGAUUCGUGAUCUUGUGGACCCUGAACUGCUUUUGAACGUGCGCCGGGAAAUCGAGACAUAUAUCCACUUCACUCAAAAGGAAACCGAUAUCUACAAGGUAAAUCAAUCCGGUGACUUGGCUAAUUUGUCUGGAUUAGACGAUUCGGAUUUGUCUAAAUUGCCAAAUUUGGUGAAGUUGCGUGAGCUAUUGUACUCUGAAAAAUACAGAGACUUCAUCGGAGAUGUGACUCAAUCAGGUAAGUUAUCAGGAUCCAAGACGGAUAUCAGUAUCAAUACCUACGAUAAGGGGUGUCACCUUUUGACUCACGAUGACGUUAUUGGCUCCAGAAGAGUUUCUUUCAUUUUGUAUUUACCAGAGCCGGAAAGAGUCUGGAAAGAGCACUACGGUGGUGCACUAAGACUUUUCCCAAGCAUUGUGCCUAAUGUUCCAUAUAGCGAUCACUCUGCUAAAUUGGUGCCUCAGUUCAACCAAAUUGCCUUUUUCAAGGUCCAACCGGGCUUCUCUUUCCAUGACGUCGAAGAAGUCAAGGUGGACAAGCACAGAUUGUCUAUUCAAGGCUGGUACCAUAUUCCACAGAAGGGAGAACCAGGAUAUAUUCCAGGUGAAGAAGAGGAAUGGAUUGACACUAACAUCAGUACCUUGUCGCAAUUAGUUAACAGUCCUUUGCAAGACUAUGAAUUCCCAAAGGUGGAAAAAGUACCAGUGUCCCACUUCGAGUCCAAAAAAUUAGUGGAAUCAGAAGACUUGUUAACUGAAGAGGAUACCAAAUAUUUAUCUCAGUUCUUAAACCCAGACUACUUGACCCCUGAGUUAAUGAAGAACUUGAGCGAUAAGUUUUUGGAAAACUCUUUCAUCAAUAUUGAAUCAUUUUUGAACGAGGAAUACUCUAAGUUGUUGUUACAAUUAAUAAAAGAUAAAGAGUUCAAUUAUGAGUGUCCUUAUGAAAGCAAGGAUGUUAAACAUCCUUGGAAAACAUCUUUGCCACCCCAUAAGUGGAGAUAUCUAUAUAUGGAUGGUAAAUCAUACACAAACUUCCAAAAUGAGAAGGACAUUAAGGAAGCUUUGAACAAAACUGAACUACCAAACUUUUACCAAACUCUGGAUGCAAUCUCCAAUCAAAAAGAGCUAAAUUGUGAAGCCAAACUUUGUGAAUUGGUUACUUUCUUACAAAGUUUAUCUUUCAAGAAAUGGAUCGUUCAAUUGACUAAGUUAAUUAUCUUAAGUGAGCAAAUUCUAGUUAGAAGAUUCAGACCAGGCAAAGAUUUCACUUUGGCAACAACUACUGAGAUCAACGAAUUAUUGAAGAAUGUUCCGGGCUUUGUGGAAGCUGUAUUGGAAUGCACAUUGUGUCUAACUCCUACCAAGGGAUGGGAAUCAGGAGAAGUUGGAGGAUACGAGCUAUAUAUGAACAAUCAAUCUGAAGAUGCUGACGACGAUGCGGCAGUUUAUAGAACAGAUGAUACUGGUGAAUCUGUCUUGAUCAAUAAACCAGCAAGUUGGAAUUCAUUGAACUUGGUUUUAAGAGAUGAAAAUGUUCUGCAGUUUAUUAAAUAUGUUAGCUGGGCUGCCAAGUCCAGCAGAUGGGAUAUAUCCAUUCAAUGGGACGUGAAAUCAAAUGAUGAAGAUGAUGAUGAAGAUGAUGACGAUGUUGAUGAAAACUAA